GACAUUCCUAUUGUAAAAUCCGAACUUGUCGUACCCGUCAGAAUUCCCUUUGUAAAAUGCUCCUGACGAUCGAUAUUUAUUUUAUAAUCCCCUUAAUUUUUUUUCUUUUAAAUACUGCUCUCUUUCAUCCUGCAUGUCAUUUUAACAACAUUUUCUUUUAUAUAUAUAUAUACACACUAUGACAACACCAAUUUCACUUUACCACCCAUCUCUAUCGAAAUUACCUGUCAGUCCACCAAAAAUACCAAAGCAGGAAUUGACUGUCUCCGCCAGAAUGUUGAUGCACCACACACUUCAUCCGGCAUUCACAAAGAAAUACGCUCUUGGUCAAGAAUUAGGUAGCGGAGGUUUUGGUUUUGUGGUGGUAGCACAUGAGCGACAGACAGGCAUUGAGCGUGCUGUCAAAUUCAUCAUUCGUAAAAAAGUACCUUCCAGUGCUUGGGUCGUGGAUCCUCAAAUGGGUCGUGUGCCUAUGGAAAUCUAUUCACUUAGUCAUAUUCAACAUCCCAACAUUAUUCAGUACUGUGAUGCUUAUCAAGACGAGACUUUCUUUUAUUUGGUUAUGGAAUUACAUGGUACACAAUGGAACACUGUAUAUCCUGUUCAUUCACCUGAUUUAUCACAAACAUCUCAGUCUACAGUAGACGAAGAAGAAGUAGAAGAAGAAGAGAUGCCACCUGCUCGUCAGUUUGUACGUCGAACAUCCUGUGAUUUAUUUGAAUGCAUUGAACAGCACAAACGAUUUGAAGAGCCUUUAGCGAAACUGAUCUUUAAGCAAAUUGUCGACUGUGUGGCUUAUUUGGAUCGCAUUGGUAUCUGUCAUCGUGAUAUCAAGGAUGAAAACAUUGUGAUUGAUCGAGACUACAAGGUGAAAUUGAUUGAUUUUGGAUCUUCUGUCUUGAUUCCCAGAGAUCCUACUCAGUGUUUUACACGAUUCUAUGGUACUGUCUCGUUCGCUUCACCAGAGAUCUUGAUGUCUCAACCUUAUCGAGCCGAACCAGCCGAGAUUUGGUCUUUGGGUGUUUUGUUAUUUACACUCUUGUUUGGUGAGAUCCCUUUUCCAGACUCUAAAUCUGCUAUUGAAGGUCGCAUCAUAAAGCCCAAAAUUAGUGUCUCUAACGAAUGCAAGCAUUUGAUUGACUCUUUAUUGAAAAAAAAUCCCGAACAUCGUCUUGAUAUUCAUCAAGUGUUGAAGCACCCUUGGUUUUCUUCUUAAGUUAAAUUCUAUUUCAUUUUCAUCACCCCUAUAUUGCAUUUUCAUUAUUCAUACUAAUUAUUGCAUGUUUCUAUUGUUAUUCUUAAGACCCCUUUUCCCUUUUAUAUAUAUACAUACAUACAUACAAAAAAAAAAAAAAGUAAUUAAUUUGUUUAUCUAUGCUCUAUUUUUUUCUUUCUUUCUAUACCUAUUUGGCAUGCCAGACAUUUCA